AUGAUCCCCGGAAUCAUCAUCGCCACCCUCCCUCUCCUCGCAGCCGUCACCGCUGCUCCUCAAGGUAACGCAACUCCUCCGACUGCUCCCCCAUCUACCACCACCACCACCGCCACCCCAAGCUUCACUCCCGUCGGCGUCGAGUAUUAUCUCCAAGCUCAACCUCUCAACGAGAACCCAAGUGACGUCGUCAACAACUACGUCUCAACCUACCAUUCCGGUGCGGGCACGAAUAACGUCACGCUCAUCGCUCAGAGCGCAGCCACCAAGGCUUUCCUGAAUCCAGUUGGCGGAUACCAGGAGUUCGACCUCGGAACGAGCUAUCCGUGGGGGUUCGCCAUGGGAGGGGAACUGGGAGUGGAAACGGGAGGGGAAACGGCGAUCAAGGGGGCCUAUCUUGUAUCUAUCGAUGUUGGUGUCGGUGAUGCCGGGUUCUCCAUUCCUAGCACGGAGGUUGGAUUGACGUGGAACAGUACCGCGUUUGGAGGCUGGCUGGCGUGUAAUAUCACGGGGCAGACGACUGGGUUGCAGCUGUUCUGGUUGAAUAGGACGGAAGAGAGGAGAGGGAAGGCGCCGGAGGGCUGUGAGAGGGUGAGGUUGGCGCCGGAGUAUUUUUAG